UAUGUAUUUUAUAUUAUUUACCCACAGCAACCGUAAGCAAACUUACUAUGGAAGAAGCUACUGCACAAAGUUUCAUCUUUUUCGUAGCUGGAUUUGAAACAAGCGCGACGACAGCCACGUUCUCUCUAUACGAAUUAGCUCAACAUCAAGAUAUACAAGACAAAGUUCGCAAAGAAAUCAAUGAAAUAUUAGCGAAACAUGGUGGUUUGACCUACGACGCUGUGAAUGAAAUGACAUAUCUACAUAAAGUAGUAAAUGAGACUUUGAGAAAAUACCCACCUGUUCCAAUACUGAAUCGCAUUUGUACCAAAGAAAUAAAUUUACCGACAACGGACAUUCACCUGCCAAAGGGGACAUUAAUAACUAUACCGGUACUUGGAUUACAUCGAGAUCCGUCAAUAUAUCCAGAUCCAGAUAAAUUUGAUCCCGAACGAUUUAAUGCAGACAAAGUAGCAGAAAGACAUCCUUAUGCUUAUUUGCCAUUUGGAGA